AUGCAGAAGUCCAAGGCAUUGCGACUAAGUACCCCAAAGGUCCGGUCAGGCUGUAGUACCUGCAAAACUCGCCGGAUCAAGUGCGACGAGCAGAAACCCGAGUGCCUCCGCUGCACUCGCUCAAACCGGCGCUGUGGCGGCUAUUCCGAGUCCCUAAGCAAAACCCCUGCAGGAGCUAUCACGGCGUAUAGUAUCCCGUUCAAAGUACCGGGCAGCCAGACUGAUCGCCAGUUGCUUCAUUUCUACUGUGCCGAGGUCGCACAGAGCAUUUCCGGGUUUUCGGAUCCCACACUGUGGACGCAGUUGGUCCUUCAGCGAUGCCACCAUCAACCUGUCAUCCGCAGUGCCCUUGUUUCCCUAAGUUCGUUAUACCAGGGCCACUUGCGCGCUUCCGCUACCGAUCAACAGGUGUCUCCACGGAGUAUCGAGGCGAUAUCCAAAUGCCAUCGACAGCUUCAGAGAUAUCUCAACACGCCGCAGGCCUCGCCCGAGGUCGCCCUCAUCUGCUGUCUUAUUUUCUACGUGUUUGAGUGUCUGAUCGGCGACACAACGCAGGCCACAUGGCAUCUCAAUCAAGGCCUAGCCCUCUUGCAACGUGCUCGCAGAGACUAUCCAGCUCUCGUCGCCACACCGGAUGGGAUCAUUGGGCACUUGACCGCUGCUUUCUCGCGCCUUGAUGUCCAGGCCAGCACCUUUGACAGCGCACGAGUCCCGGUAUUGAGACUUGUUUCGCCAAUUGAGCCCGUUAGCCUCAUAUCGGUUAUACCAGAUAUGCUGAUGAGCACAACUCAUGCUGAAGAAUCACUGACUAUACUACAAAACUGGACUAUGCACCAUAUCAUUGCAUAUGUCGAGUAUAAGGAGACUGCAUGGAGCGAACUCCUACCUGACGUCCAGGUUGAGAGGAUGAACCUCCACACGCAAUUUCAUAAGUUCGAUGAUGCGAUAGAAAAGCUGGCGAAACAUAUCGAGAUGUUCAAUGACCCACAGCACUCUAGUACCCAGCGACAACAUUGCCUGCUUCUGCAGAUCCAUGGAUUGAUGUUCCACAGCGUUUUGUUAGAGCAUGCCCCCGAGCUCGCAGACGUGGGGAUGGAAAGCCGAAUUGACCGCGCUCUCUCGUGUACCUUGGCCUUUGUCUCUGUGGCCAGAACAACACCAUCCUCGCCGAUCAGAGUCUUCACGCUAUCGACUCAACUCAUUGCUAUUUUGUAUUAUAUCUGCAUGAAGACCCAGAAUCGGCAAACCUUGCAGACAGCACUGUCUCUGCUGCAGGAUCCUUCACUCCCUACGGUGGAUGGUCUCUGGAACAGCAAGACUGCUACAUCUAUUAUUCACGAUGUUCUCCCUGAGCAAGGGGUAUACGGUGAAGAGUCAAUCAUGGAGACGAAACUAGAGGAUAUUGGUUCCGGCAUCGUGGAUGCGGGCGGAUUGGAUGAAGCAUCGCGAAUAUUACAGAUGAUGCGAAAGAAUAACUCGGAAAGCGUCGUCUCUCUAUCAUAA